CACCUUAACGGCAAACCAAAACAACAAAUAUUAUACAGCCAACUAAUUAAUCAUGGAGGAGUAUAGCUACGCAUCUUCUGCUCGCAAAGUAGCUGUUUGGAUAGCUCUCAUUGCGCUGUUAGGCUAUGCCUGCGCCGGCGCCAGUGCUCAAGUGCAUUGCGACAGUUCAUUGCCCAUCGACACCGUGCCUUGCCAUAAUAUCUAUGGUUACUGCGUGACCGAAGUUAUCACUGCACUGCGGGAUGUAACGCCCAACCAAGACGGCUUCCGUUACACGUCCAUAUACCCGCAGGGCACCUUCGGUGGCGUUACAGGUUUCGCCAGUUGUUCCUCGACGACCGACGUCGAACACUGCCAACCGUGUCUCGUUGGUGCCAUGGACGCGCUGGACGACUGCAAAUCUUACGCCUCUGGCUCCUUCAUCGGCGACGUCUGUACUAUGUCAUUUGCCCAGUUUCUCCCUCAUGAAUGAAAAUACAGUACUGCUAAGUGC